AUGUAUGUAAUUAAGAAAGGGAAAAUUUUCGGAGAGGUGCAGUGCUUCAUGUAUUCAAUUGAAUGGCAAAAAAGAGGAUUACCGCAUGCCCACAUUCUAAUAUGGCUUAAAGAGAAAUUGCGGCCCAGCCAAAUAGACGACAUAAUAAGCGCCGAGAUUCCAGAUCCUGAGCAAGAUAAAGAAUUCUAUGAUACCAUCGUCCGAAAUAUGAUUCACGGUCCGUGUGGAGCACGAAAUUCAAUAUCGCCAUGUAUGAAAGAAGGAAAAUGUACAAAGAAAUUCCCUAAACAGCUAUUAAAAGAAACAGUGCAAAAUGACAAUGGCUACCCUUUAUACAGACGCAGAGCUCCCGAAGAUGGUGGCAGGAAAGUUACAAUCAAAUCUCGCUCUGGAGCGUUCGAAACCUUAGAUAACAGCUGGGUUGUCCCGUAUUCGCCCAUUCUAUGUAAAAUGUUUAAUGCCCAUAUUAAUGUAGAAGCAUGUAGCUCUGUCCGCGCAAUCAAGUAUAUCUGUAAGUACAUAAAUAAAGGAAGCGACCAAGCAAUAUUUAAUCUCAGGAGUGAAGGUGAGGCAAAUCCUGUUAAUGAAGUACAGACCUUUCAAGCAGGGCGUUAUGUCAGCAGUAACGAGGCAGCGUGGCGUCUCCUUGGCUUCCCUUUACACGAAAGGCACCUAACAGUUACUCACCUUGCUGUGCACUUAGAAAAUGGAGAGCGUGUAUAUUUCACCGAAAGAAAUUUCCAAGAAAGAAUUGCAUCACCGCCAAAAACUACACUAACAGCCUUCUUUCAACUUUGUUAA